AUGUACCAUCUUCUUCGAGGACUCUACACAGAGCUCACACGGCAGACAGAGUACUCGAUACUGGUUAUUGGUUUGAAUGGCAGUGGCAAGACGACGUUCGUUGAGCAUGCUAAAGAGAUGUACACAGGCAAGCCACGCUACGAAUCUGGUCCAACGAUAGGCCAGAAUGUCGUAAAAUUACCCGUCAGUAACACUAUCCUCCAUUUCUGGGAUCUCGGUGGUUCAUCGGAAUUUACAAAUCUGUGGGAUAGGUACUAUGGUGACGCACAGGCUGUACUGUUCUUUAUAGAUGGCACGGACACUCAACGAUUGAAAGAAAGUUGGGAGAUAUUCGAGACACUGAAAACACACAGUGAUCUACAAGGCAUACCAAUAGUAGUGUGUGCAACUAAACAGGAUAAACAAGGUGCCAUGUCUGCAGCUGAUAUUGAGAAAAAGUUCAUCGACUACUCAAACAAUACGCCUAAUAUACCUUACACCAGUCUAAGCAGCUUGAGUGAGAGGCUGGAGAACAGUCACAGUCAUAGCAAUCAACACAACGACGAUAAACGCAAUCUAAUCCUCAACCUCGUCAACACUGAUCAGUCAUCGAUUAAGAGCGUAAUUGAUGCUUUGUUUGUGAGAGUACAAACGUCUCCGAGGGGUUGA